UCACGUGUUUUGUCGCUGUGGAAAAAUCCAUGCUUGUUUUUGUUUUGAUUUUUUUUGAAGUUCAAUUUUUUAGUUUUUAACGGAAAAUAAUUACCGAAAAUGCCAAUGAAUAAUUAUUCACAACAUUUAUUUGAACCAUAUAAAUGUAUUGGUCUUGUAUCAUCAUCCGUACCACAUUUAAUACGUUAUAUUGAAAAAUUGAAUAAAAUUCAAAUUGUUACAGCUGUUGGUCGUUCAUUUUUAGUUUUUAAUGAAAAAUUACAAUUAAUUGAAACAUGUGUUGCACAUUCCACCGAUAUAACAUUAAUGGCAUCGGAUUCAAAAUUUUUAUUUACAGCAGCAUCGAAUGAAAUAUUUGCCUGGAAACAUGGCCAUAGAUGGAAAAUAAAAUCCUAUAAAGAUGAACAACGACAAAAAAAUCUUAAACAUCUGAUGGUUUUUGGUGGUCAAUUAUUGGCCAUUGAUGAUGAACAAAAUCUGAUUUGUUGGGAUAUUAAUACACAGGAAAUUGUAUCGAUAAUAUCGUUUAAUAAUAAUUCAUCAAUUGAACAGCAAUCGAUUGAUUCAUCAUCAACAACAACAAUCAUAACAUCAAUAUUACAUCCAGCAACUUAUAUAAAUAAAAUUCUUAUUGGAACCCGACAAGGAUCGUUACAAUUAUGGAAUAUAUCUAAACAAAAAUUAAUUUAUCAAUAUAAUCCAUUUGAUGGAACGGAAAUUUGUUCAUUGGUUCAAAGUCCAGCAUUACAUGUUAUUGCUAUUGGUCAUCACUCAGGAUUGAUUGUUCUUCAUCAACUACAACAAGAUAUGACAAUAAUGAAAUUUCAACAAGAAUUUGGCCCCGUUACGACAAUAUCAUUUCGUACGGAUGAUGCAGCAACUAUACAAUUAAUGGUAACCGGAUCAAAUCGUUCUGGUCAUCUAGCUAUAUGGAAUUUGGAUGAAAAAAGAUUAGAACAACAACAACGUGAUUUACAUUGGCAAUCAAUUGUAUCGGCUAGUUUUAUACAAAAACAACCAUUAUUGAUAACAAAUUCUGCGGAUAAUUCAUUGAAAAUAUUUAUUUUUGAUGAUUUACAAACAAUGGGAAGAUUAUUAUUUCAACGUGAAGGACAUCGUUCACCACCAACACGUAUUCGAUUUUAUGGUGAUAAAGGAAAAUUUAUACUUAGCUCAGGUCUUGAUUCAACGCUACGAUCAUUUUCCAUUUAUUCUGAACGUUUAAAUCGUAGUCUUGGCCAAGCAAGUGCUAAUCGUAAACUGGCAAAAAAACAUGGCCUUAAAAAUGAUACAAAUGUUUUGCUACCUAUCGUAGAUUUUGCUGUUGAAUAUUGUCGUGAAAAAGAAUGGGAUAAUCUUGUUGCAUGUCAUCGUAAUACAGCAUUGGUUACAACAUGGUCAGUUGAUCGUAUGAAAAUGGGAAAAUUUAAAUUAUUACCAGAAAGAUUUCGAUCCAAACAACAUAAUGUACAAGCUGAAUGUUGUCAUAUAAGUAGUUGCGGAAAUUUUUGUAUCAUUGGUUAUAGUAGUGGUCAUAUUGAUCGAUUUAAUAUACAAUCAGGAAUUUAUCGUGGUUCAUAUAGUGAUGAUUUGGGUGUAAAUAGUAAUAGUGAUGAUCAAAAACCAGCUCAUCAAGGUUCAGUACGAUCAGUGUUAACGGAUGCAAUUAAUCAGAUGGUCAUAUCAGGUGGUGCUGAUCAUUAUUGUCGAUUAUGGCGUUUCAAUGCAAAACAAAAUCAAUUAAUUGGUAGUUUUAAACUGACUGAUUCAGUCGCCAGAAUGUGUCUGCAUAAAGAUAAUCAAUUUUUAGCUAUUGCAUUGGAUAAUUUCUCUGUUGUUAUUUAUGAUUUGGAUACAAAGAAAAAAGUUCGUAAUUUUCAAUUGCAUCGUAAUCGUAUUACGGAUUUAACAUUUGAUAAUGAUUGUCGCCGGUUAUUUGUUUCAUCAAUGGAUUCAUUUAUUUAUAUUUGGGAUAUGAUUUCUGGUCAUUUAAUUGAUCUAUUAUCAAUGGAAACACCAUGUGUAUCAUUAUCAUUAUCAACGAAUGGUGAAUUCUUAGCAACUGCACAUGUUAAUCAAUUAGCCAUUUAUUUAUGGUCAAAUAUUUCGUUAUAUAGUAAAGUUACAUUAUUACCAUUGAAUGAAACACAUUUAGAAACAAUACAAACAAUGAAAUUACCUGAAAUUAAAUCCGAUGAAAUUGAUGGCCAAAAUGAUGAAGAUGAUGAGGAUACUGAUGAUAAUACAGAAAAUUCAACAAACGAAAUGGAAAAUCAUCCUAUUGAAUAUCAAUAUAAAUCACCGGAACAAAUUUCUACCGAACUGAUAACAUUAUCAACAAUUGCUAGUUAUCAAUGGAAAAAUCUUUUACAAUUAGAUUUAAUACGAAAACGUAAUAAACCAAAAGAAGUAUUGGAAAAAUCAAUAGUUGCACCAUUUUUUCUACCAAGUAUCAGUGGACUCGAACCAAAAUUUGAUUUAUCUAAAAAACCAGAUAAUAAUAAUGAUGAUUAUGAAAUGUCAGAAUCAAUUUUGAAUGAAAAAUCAUUAUCCAAAACAUAUUUAAUAUCAAUAUUUGCAAAAUCAUUACAACAACAUUAUCAACAGAAUAAUCUUCAAGAAUUUUUUCAACAACAAAUGAAAUUAUUAGGGCCAUCCAAAAUUGAUGCUGAAAUCAGAAGUAUUGGCCUUGAAUCAACUGGUACAAUUGAUUUUAUGUUAUAUUUUUUAGAAAUGAUUUCAACAAUAAUCGAAUCAAAUCGUGAUUUUGAAUUAUGUAAUGCAUAUUUAGGUUUAUUUAUCAAAUGUCAUACUGAUACUAUAUUGAAACAUUCAAAAUUAUUCGAUCGUAUUGAUUGUUUAGCUAAAUUAAUUGAUAAAAAAUGGUAUCGAUUACAACGAUCAUUAGAUCGUUCAAUAUCAUUGAUUGAAUUUUUACGAAAUGCAUUGAUAUGAUUUUUGUUUUUGUUUUUAUUAUUUAAAAAAAACUAAUCAGAAAAAAAU